ACAGCUAGGUAUGAGACUUUUUAAGAGAGACAUUUUUGAUUAUUGAGAAUAGCGUCAAAUAACUCAAAGACAUUGGAUUUUCGUCGAUUUUAGCAAUGAGUUUAUACCGAAGCAGAUCUUACAACAUCUCAAACAAACGCGGAAAGAAGCCCGCAUCAAGUAAUGUCCUUUCUAGUAAUAACGGUGUAGAAAUUACGAGUACUAAACGGCUUGUGCAUUUACCCAUCGACACAUCGCUGGGAGUAAAUAAUAGUGAAGAUCAAGAUACAAAUACUACUGGACUGACUGGAGCAAGAAGUUUAUUGGUGUAUAAGAAACUUGAGGAGCAAGGAAAAGAGUUAGGAGAUGCUUCAGCAAGCAGUGAUCUCUCUGAGACAACACAAACAAAUAUAGAAUAUCAAGACAAAGAACCAGGUUCAGACGAUUCACAGUCUGAUUACGAAGAAAGGAUGUCUGAGAAAGAGUAUGAACAGCCAAAAAUACUAGACGAAGGGUAUGAAGAUGAUAAUACAAACUCUUUAACAAGAAAGGAACCUGUGCCAAAGGCAGAAAAGGAUGAAGAAAUUCACCCACAAGAAUCGUCAAAACUAUCUGACAGUGAUAACGAAGAGAACGAAGAGGCAGACCGAAGAGAAUUGGCGUCUGAAGACAAUUCAAUAAACGUGUCUACCCCUGAGGUCAAAGCAAGCUUAGAUCUCGACCAUCUCGAGGAAGGGAACAGCUACACUGAGAGAGAAAUUUAUGAGACGCAGCUUGUGCAGUUGCAACGACAACUAGUUGAAACUAUGAUAACAGAACAAGAAACAAGUGAAAAACUAAAGAAACUAGAAAAUCUUAAACUGGACGUGCUUCUUCAAGAAUUAGAAGAAGAGAAAGCAAAGACAAGUGAACUCGAGAACAAGCURGAGUUCAUGAAAAAUAAAGCAAAGAAUACUUCCCUCAGGAGAUCAAACGCUAGCAGAAGAGUUAACCGAAGAUCAAGAAAUCUCGAAACCACCGUCAACCAAAAAGAAAGUUCCUUUGGAGAAGCAGGUGACAGGACGUACGAUGACAAACAGCUAGAGAAAACAGCUGAUGCUACUCUUUUACCAAACGAUGAUUCACUGGUAUUCAACUUUGACGAAGAACACUUUGCAGUGGCGAACGAUAAUAUUAAAAACGACGAUAAGACGGUGACAUUCUCCUCAAGGUUUGCAAUUCUUCAAGAGUAUAAGAAGACGAUUGUAGAAACGAUUGUCGACAGGCUGUGGGAUUUUGUGAACGAAGAUGCAGAAGGAUUGCAAAAGGAAGAUGAUGAUGGCGAAGCUCUAUCAGUUAUUACACUGAAAGAAAAUAUCAACAGAUGCAAAAGUGGAGCCCAACCUAUUACUCGGUUUGUCGAACCAGUCAUUGAUGUGUUAACCUGGUCCAGUCCAGUGGCAUCAGUUAUGACUUUUCUGGUAUACAUGUUUGCAAUAAUCCAUGGCUUCUUACUUCCUUUGAUCAUACUUUUGGCUAUUUUCCAGCUAUCUUCGAAUUAUUUUUAUGCUAGUGGYCUUGCUGACAAGUUUGGAUUCAAGUGGAAAGAGGAGCCGCCACCACCUGAUGAUAAAAAGCUUACAGACAGAUUUCAACUGGUUUUACAGGUUGCAAAAAAAGUCCAAAAUGCUUUGGGUAAGGUGGCUGAUUCUCUGGAAAAAAUAAAAAAUCUUUUCAACUGGCAGCAUCCAGCCACAAACACGGUUUUCAUCGUGUUAUGUCUUGCUUUUGUUGCUUCUUCUUUCUUGGACGGUCCAACRCUAUUCAUGUUUGCAGGUGUAGGAGCCGGUAUCAAAUUGUUUGUCAUAAGGCCAAYCUAUGCUAAAUUUCCUAAGGUCAAGAAGCGUUACGAUAGCCUUGCUCGGAUGUGGAGCGAACUACCAACUGAUGCUGACCUGGAAAAGAGGAAGAAAGACAAAUUCUACUUCAGUGCAGAUGUGGAAGAUGCACCGGCGCCGUCACCUAAAUCGCCAAAACUUGAUUCUCCGAAAUUUGUGACGAACUGGACGGACUUGUGCACGAGGAUGAAGAUUCCUUUUACAGAGUACCCAAUGCCAUCUUGGGAAGAAGGCCAUCGCUGUACAUUGAUGACUARGGACAAACCGCUGACCAAAAUGAAACAGGGAAAACUCUUUUUGACUCAAAACUACUUGUGUUUCGAGCGAUACAAAAUUGGUACAUCUAAACAUGUCGUUAUUAAACUGGAGGAUAUCGUAAAUGCGGAAAAGUAUGACCCGUUGAAUAUCAUGCCAGGUACUGGGAAGUCUAUGAAAAUUGAAAUCAGAGGAUCCCAUAAGCCAUACAUUUUUGGAGCGCUAAUUACACGAGAUGAGCUUUUCGAGAGUAUAAUUGCAACUUGUAAACCAGCUAAAGUACCAUGGGCAUUUGAAAGGAAGUAAUGAAAAGACUGGUAUUAACUGGAUUUACUUCCUGGCAAUUCGUAAAGCAGCUAAAGUACCAUGUGCAUUUGAAAGGAAGUAUUGCUUGUAUUAUCUGGAUUUACUACCUGGCACUUCACCUCCAUUUAUUUUGUUAGCACCAAACGGGUUUAUCGGCCAACUUUAUGUUUCUGAUUGAAUCAGACAACAAUGCACUGAAUAGCACCAGAAGAGGAUUCACUAGUAUCCCAGAAUGCAAUGCGAAUGAGAUAUCACAUUUUUUUCGCAUUUAGAAAGCCAAGCCACUGAGGUGUAUGAGGUUGAACAAGACGAAUGUUAGACUAGUAGAGACUAGAACAUCCCUGGCCUUCUUAAAUGGAAUCAAAGCAAUUUUAUAUUCCC